CGGAUCGAUCGGGUGCGGAAAAAUUGCCAUUGCUAGUCACUGCAUGAGGCCAUGAGUCCAACUCGUUGUUUUCCUUACCUUGGCUCGAUUUCGCCAACCCAGGCCAUGUAAAACUUGUGAUUGCACUCGAAAUCCUAUAAAUUUCGAAUAAUUCUAUUUCUGGUCAUCCAAACAGACUUGGUUACCAAAUCGCUGCGAGCUGUAUUUGGGGUUCACUCUUACUGUUUAUCAACUGAACUUAUUCUAUUCAUGUCACAAUCUUCGAUAUAAUGAUUUUCUCAAGAAUCGGUCGCUCUCUUUCUCUCUCUUCUCGUUCCGCCUUCCAAAGAAAUGUAAUUGCCGAUAAUUGUAAUGUUCGGACUGUCCCGGUAAAGGAAUCAAUUUUCCCAACGGCGUUACUAGAGAAUGCGUGCAUUUCACUCGUGGAUGGCGGAUUAGGGAUUGUAAGAGGAUAUUUAACUUCUGCUGGAGGUGGGAGGCUACUCCUGUCGAAAGCAAACUCUCCCAAUUCGAGUACUCUCCUUGUAAACCCCAGGGUUCGUCUAUUCUUCUCCACUGAAGCUCCAAAGCAGAGAAAAUAUGAGAACUACUACCCGAAGGAUAAGAAGGAAAUUCCAAAAGAAAAUGAGAGCAAAUCUGAAUAUAAAGGGAACUCGGGUAGUGCGGGUGGUGGUGGUGGAGGUGGAAACGCCCAGAACUUUAUGAAACAGUUUCAAAAUUUCAUUGCUCCUCUAUUGUUCAUUGCCUUUUUGUAUUCAUCAAUUUUUUUCGGCCCUCACGAGCAGAAGCAGAUUAGCUUCCAAGAGUUUAAAACCAAGUUACUUGAACCUGGCCUGGUGGAUCACAUUGUUGUUUCAAAUAAAUCAGUUGCAAAGGUGUAUGUAAGGAGCUCCCCAAAGAAUGGAAAUCAAACCAGUGAUGAUAUUGUUCAGCUUCCUGCCAAUGGUACCCCUGCUAGAGGGAAUACCAAACACUACAAAUAUUACUUUAACAUUGGAAGUAUUGAGUCUUUUGAGGAGAAGCUGGAGGAGGCACAGGAAGCACUAGGAAUAGAUCCUCAUGAUUAUGUUCCUGUAACUUAUGUGAAUGAAGUGAACUGGCAUCAAGAGUUAAUGAGGUUUGCUCCAACUGCCUUGCUUUUAGGAACACUCUGGUUCAUGGGACGAAGAAUGCAGAGUGGUCUUGGUGUUGGUGGUUCCGGUGGACGAGGGGGUCGUGGAAUAUUUAACAUGGGAAGGGCACAUUUCACGAAAAUGGAUAAGAAUGCCAAAGAUAAGGUAUUCUUUAAAGAUGUAGCUGGGUGUGAUGAGGCAAAGCAAGAAAUUAUGGAGUUUGUGCACUUCCUCAAGAAUCCGAAGAAAUAUGAGGAACUGGGAGCUAAAAUUCCAAAAGGUGCGCUCCUUGUAGGCCCUCCUGGUACAGGGAAGACACUUCUUGCUAAGGCAACAGCUGGUGAAUCUGCGGUGCCCUUUCUAUCUAUAUCUGGGUCAGAUUUUAUUGAAAUGUUUGUUGGAGUUGGGCCAUCCAGGGUUAGAAGUUUAUUUCAGGAGGCAAGGCAAUGCGCACCUAGUAUUGUAUUCAUUGAUGAAAUAGAUGCAAUUGGUCGGGCGAGGGGGCGUGGAGGCUUUUCGGGUGGCAAUGAUGAGCGUGAAAGUACUCUUAAUCAGUUGCUAGUAGAAAUGGAUGGAUUUGGAACAACCUCAGGAGUAGUUGUACUUGCGGGCACAAAUAGGCCUGAUAUCUUAGACAAAGCUCUACUGAGACCUGGUCGGUUUGAUCGUCAAAUUACAAUUGAUAAACCUGACAUCAAAGGCCGUAACCAGAUUUUCCAGAUAUAUUUGAAAAAGCUAGAACUUGAUAAUGAUCCAUCGUAUUACUCUCAGAGACUUGCUGCUCUUACUCCAGGAUUUUCUGGAGCUGAUAUUGCAAAUGUUUGCAAUGAAGCUGCUCUAAUUGCUGCAAGGAAUGAGAGUGCACAAGUGACAAUGGAACACUUUGAGGCAGCUAUAGACAGGGUAAUUGGUGGCUUGGAAAAGAAGAAUAAGGUUAUUAGCAAGCUUGAAAGGAAGACAGUUGCUUACCAUGAAUCUGGUCAUGCUGUUGCUGGUUGGUUCUUGGAACAUGCAGAACCCUUGCUUAAGGUAACAAUUGUUCCACGUGGUACUGCAGCACUGGGAUUUGCUCAGUAUGUUCCCAAUGAAAAUCUUUUGAUGACCAAGGAGCAGCUCUUUGAUGUGACUUGCAUGACACUUGGUGGUCGAGCUGCUGAGCAGGUUUUGCUGGGGAAGAUUUCAACUGGAGCCCAGAAUGACUUGGAGAAAGUAACAAAAAUGACUUAUGCUCAGGUAGCAGUUUAUGGUUUUAGCGACAAGGUGGGUCUUUUAUCCUUUCCCCAGAGGGAUGAUACAUUUGAGAUGACUAAACCCUAUAGUAGCAAGACAGGUGCAAUUAUAGACAGUGAAGUAAGAGAAUGGGUAGCCAAAGCAUAUGAACGUACUGUUCAAUUGAUAGAGGAACACAAGGAGAAAGUUGCUCAGAUUGCUGAGCUGUUGCUCGAGAGGGAGGUCCUUCAUCAAGAUGACUUGGUUAGAGUCCUGGGCGAGCGUCCGUUCAAGUCAAGUGAGCCUACUAAUUAUGAUAGGUUUAAGGAAGGAUUUCAAGAUGACAGGGAGUCUAAAGAUACAACCAAGGGUGGGACCUUGGAGGAUGAUAGAGGAUCACCGAACAUUGAACCGCAGGUUGUUCCCGCUUAGCAGGCAGAAAAAGUUUAUGGAUAUGUAAAUGGAAUUUCUUUGUCAAGUUAAUUUGUAAGUUUCCCUUUUUCAUUAAUUAAAGGAAAUUGUAAAAUUCAACAAAUUGGAAGAUCAUCUUCGAAGGCUUAGCUUUUCUUGACCUUGUUGCCGUAUUGAUAUGAGAUAUGCAAAAUGGAUGAUCCAUGCAGUUA